GGACAGAGGAAAGAAGAAGAAAAAAAAAAAGGGAUACAACUCAGAUUGUGUUUUCUUGGAAGGUAACACCAUGACCCAGGAUCCACCUCUCAACACUUCGUGGGAGAGCUUGACCUCCUCUAAUUACUCGAGACUGCAGGAAAACUCUCUGACCCACCAGAACAUCACAUAUGUUGACUUCUACCUCCACAAGCCCUCCGUGGCCGCAGUGUUCACCGCGUCCUACCUGCUCAUCUUCCUGGUGUGCAUGGUCGGCAACGGGGUGGUGUGCUUCAUCGUGCUGCGCAGCAAGAACAUGCGCACCGUCACCAACCUGUUCAUCCUCAAUCUCGCCAUCAGUGACCUGCUGGUUGGCAUCUUUUGCAUGCCAACGACGCUGGUGGACAACAUCAUAACAGGAUGGCCGUUUGGCAGCGUGGUGUGCAAAUUAAGUGGUAUGGUUCAAGGGAUAUCUGUAUCAGCCUCCGUGUUCACUCUGGUGGCGAUAGCUGUGGACAGGUUCCGCUGCAUUGUCUACCCUUUCAAGCAGAAACUGACCAUCGCCACCUCGAAGCUAAUUAUCGUGAUCAUCUGGGUCUCAGCGGUGUCCAUCAUGUGUCCCUCUGGGGUCAUGCUCCAGGUGACGAAGGAGCAGACGGUGCGAAUCGUCCUCGGCCACAACGACGACACCCGCCCCUUCUACUGGUGCCGGGAAAACUGGCCCAAUCAGGAGAUGCGUAAAAUCUACACCACCGUCCUUUUUGCUAACAUCUACCUGGCUCCUCUCAGCCUCAUCGUCAUCAUGUACGCCCGCAUCGGCUACACCCUCUCCAAGACCACCAUUCCCCCGAUGAGGGGAAGCGGAAUUGGAUCGGAAGACGGCAUUGGCAACAACAAAUCGAGCAUGGAGGGUCGUCACACAAUUUCAAGGAAGAGGACUCGGGUGAUAAUGAUGCUGCUGGUUGUGGCUCUGCUCUUCAUCUUGUCCUGGCUUCCUCUGUGGACGCUGAUGAUGCUGAGCGACUACGCCAGCCUGACGGAGCACCAGCAUCGCAUCAUCAACAUCUACGUGUUUCCCUUCGCUCACUGGCUGGCCUUCUUCAACAGCAGCAUCAACCCGAUCAUCUAUGGCUUCUUCAACGAGAACUUUCGCAGAGGCUUUCAGGCAGCUUUCAAAUUCGAGUUGUGCUCUGCGGAAGUUGAGCGGCAGAAGAUUCACUCCCAUCGCAUCAGAGGGCACGCCGUGCUCCCAGUCCAGCCGGAGACCCACAGUAAAUCGGGCUCUGUUGUCAGAUCGGGGUUAGUGGGGAAUGGGAAGUACUCGUCUCAGGAGGGAGUUUGUUUGUCUGGUAGAAGUGAUAUCAAAGAACAGGACCUGAUCGUGGAGGACCUGGAAAAGGUGUCCCAGAUUUAGAUUUAGACUUAGACUGUCCAGCGCCUAAACAUUUUCCAAGGAUCUUCUGGUGUUGUGUUUCAAGGACAAUGAAAAACAAGCCUCUGAAAUAGAACAUUAAACUCUGUAUUUAUUUGUUUCAAGCGAAUGUACGUGCCGUCCCUCUUGAAUGUAUACUGUGGUGUAAAUAGCAAAGACUAGUAUAACAUAAGAGAGUUUAAAGACCCUGACAACUAUUUAAAGGUCCCAUAUUACACUAUUUUUCAUCAAUUUCACACAACUGUCAGAGGUCCAACAACACUGUAUUCGAUAUGCAUUGCCCCAAACCCAUCCGUGGUCCUGAAUUUCAGUUGUCUAAAAGUCGCUCAAGUGAGCUCUACUGAGAACAGGCUGUGUCUGUGCCUGCACCUUUAAAUGCUAAUGAGCUCUGUCUGUCAAAUCCCUACUUGCCUGCUAGGCGUCCCUCUCAGGGAGACGAUGCCUCUCACGUGAGUGGUAGCAUGCGCUGAUGUUAUGGUGGAUGUAUAUAUGUGUCGCUAUGGCUCGCAGAGAU